AUGACCGAAGUCAAAACAGUAGAUGUGCUCAUCAUAGGCGCUGGACCAGCUGGGCUGGCCCUCGCCAAUUGGUUCAGAAACUCCAGCAUCAAGGUCCUCCUCGUCGACAAGAAACCCGUGCCUACACGGCGAGGCAAAGCCGAAGGACUGAAGUCAACAACCAACGAGAUCUUUAACUCGUAUGGCAUCGGACCUCAGAUCGCAGCAGAGUCAUGGAGGCUGGAGGAAAUCGCCAUCUGGGGCCAAAAGAAGGACGGCGGGAGCGGGAUCGAGAGAGAGCAGCUGAUCCAGGAUAAGGUAGAAGAGCUGGGUAAGGUGCGAGAGACCAUGUUGCAGCAAUCAAGAGUCGAGUACCACAUGCAGCAGAAUCUGCUAAGCCACAAGAACAUCACGAUCCAGUACAACACCCAACCAGUCGAGGUCAAAAUCGACGAGUCCUCGCUUCAUGAAGAUGAAGCCUACCCUGUCGAGGUGCGCUUGGUCAAGACGCAGGUUCAGUCCGAAGCGGCCUCGAAUAUCCUCGCGAACUCGACACCAGAUACCGCGAACGGGGAUGCAGAGGAAGUCGAAGAACGUAUCCGAGCCAAAUACAUUGUAGGCUGUGACGGAGCUCACAGCUGGCUUCGAAAGCAACUCCAAGUCCAACUCGAGGGCGACCUGACCGACUCUGUCUUCGGCGUCGUUGACAUGAUCCCCAAAUCCAACUUCCCCGACAUCCGCCGCGUCUGCUACCUCCGCGCCUCCACAGGCACCAUCCUCCUCGUGCCACGGAGUAACAAGGAAGUCCGUCUUUACGUCCCCGUCGAGAGCGGCAGCUCGCUGUCAGACCCCAAAGACCUCACCUUUGACCGCAUCAUCUCCGCUGCGCGCAAGAUCAUUUCCCCUUAUACUUUGGAAGUGGGCUCCGUGUCAUGGUGGUCCGCCUACCGCGUCGGUCAGCGCGUCGGUAGUCAUUUUUCAAGGCACAACGAAAAGGCCUUUUUGGUGGGAGAUGCAGUCCACACGCACUCGCCCAAGGCCGGGCAGGGGAUGAAUACCAGUAUUCAGGAUGCGUAUAACCUUGGUUGGAAGUUACGAUUUGUUCUGCAACCGACCAAACCGCAGCUCGACCCAAAAGCAGCGAGAAAUCUGCUGGCGACGUACGAGUCCGAACGAAGGCCAGUGGCUCAAGAUCUGAUUGCCUUUGAUAGGGGCUAUCUCAAGCUCUUCGCUGCUCCUUCAUCCGAAUUUGACACCGAGUUCUUGCGCGCCAUGAAAUUCACCACCGGUCUUUCCAUCCGCUACCCGCCCUCGUGCGCCGUCCAACUUCCCCGGGGAGUCGAAACGGCAGAGCAGCUAGGUCCAAGCUUGCUCAAAGCCGAUCUGGUCCCAGGGAAGAGGUUACCGGAUUUUCAGGCGGUCUACCAAGCGGACGGAAUCACAUGCUGGAUUCAUAAAAGGUUACAAGCUACUGGUAGUUUUCGGGUGAUCGUGUUCGCUGGAGAUGUUGCUACUCACCGGCACUUGUCCGAGAACGUACAAAAGCUGGGAAAGUACCUUGCAAAUCCAGAGACAGGAUUGGGAGUGUUGACGGCUGGCGGAGCGGCGGCGCCGGUGGAGGUGCUCAUGGUGCAUAGUGCCGACCGCGAGAAGGUUGAACCCCGAGACUUGCCUGAGGUGUUCAGGCCAUGGAGUGAUAGUGAAGGGUAUGAUUACUGGCGGUUGUUGGCGGAUGCUGAGAGUGUGCAUGAGGGACAUGGGAGGGUGUAUGAAAGGCUGGAGAUUGAUACUGAGAAGGGGAGGGCCGUGGUAUUAAGGCCGGAUGGGUAUAUUGGUGCGGUGCUUGGUGUUGAUGAUAUUGAUGGUUUGGGAGAGUACUUUAGGGGGUUAGGCAUGCUGCCGAGUUGA